AUGACAACGCUAACUUAUUCCUUACCCCCCCCCAGCCGUGGCAUUGGCGUUCAAUUGCGUAUGCCUGGCGGCAACUCCAUGCCGGGACAAGGUCGGUGCUUGGCCCUGCAAGGUCGUCAGAUUAUUAGAUGGCGGCGGCGUUUGAUGGCGCUCGGGCUUGAUGCGGCCGGCGCAUCGUCGUUUUUAUAA